GCUCUGGACCUUUGGUGAAGUGGAUUGUUUAUCUUUCAAAAUUCAUGCUGUGCGGUUUUGUUCCUGGAACUAAUUGACCUUUGCAAUUCUACCUGGUGUUCUUCCUCUUGCCGUUGUUCUCACAAUGAGUGGUAUUUUCUCCUACCUGGACCCCCGGCGGAUCCAGUGGGGUGCCACAUGGUAUGCCAUGCACUCAAGAAUCCUUCGCACCAAGCCAGUAGAAUCCAUGCUGGAAGGCACAGGCACCACCACCCAUGGAACAAAACUGGCCCAGGUACUCACAACCCUGGAUUUGGUUUCUUUAGGUGUUGGAAGUUGUGUGGGGACUGGCAUGUACGUGGUUUCUGGCCUCGUUGCUAAGGAGAUGGCAGGGCCUGGAGUCAUUGUUUCCUUCAUCAUCGCUGCUGUAGCUUCUAUCUUGUCUGGGGUUUGUUAUGCUGAAUUUGGAGUACGGGUACCAAAAACCACAGGCUCCGCCUACACCUACAGCUACGUGACAGUGGGGGAGUUUGUGGCUUUUUUUAUUGGAUGGAACCUAAUCCUCGAAUAUCUGAUUGGUACAGCAGCUGGUGCCAGUGCUCUCAGCAGCAUGUUUGACUCCCUGGCCAAUCACACCAUCAGUCACUGGAUGAUUGACAAAGUUGGGACUUUGAAUGGAUUGG